AUGGAAAUUAUUGCUGUUCAUAUCUAUCUAUCUAUCUAUCUAUCUAUCUAUCUAUCUAUCUAUCUAUCUAUCUAUCUAUUUCAGUUUAGGCACAAGCAUUCAUAUAUAUCUGUCUCUUUUCAUAUCUAUCUAUCUAUUUAUCUACCUAUAUCUUUUUCAUAUCUAUCUAGUUUCAUAUUUAUGUCUUUUCAUGCCUAUAUUCUACCUCUUUUCAUAUCUAUCUAUUUAUCUCCCUAUCUUUUUCAUAUCUAUCUAGUUUCAUAUUUAUCUCUUUUCAUACCUAUAUUCUACCUCUUUUCAUAUCUAUCUAUUUAUCUCCCUAUCUCUUUUUUUUUAUAUCUAUCUAGUUUCAUAUUUAUCUCUUUUCAUACCUAUAUUCUACCUCUUUUCUUAUCUAUCUAUUUAUCUCCCUAUCUUUUUCAUAUCUAUCUAGUUUCAUAUUUAUCUCUUUUCAUACCUAUAUUCUACCUCUUUUCAUAUCUAUCUAUUUAUCUCCCUAUCUUUUUCAUAUCUAUCUAUUUCAUAUUUAUCUCUUUUCAUACCUAUAUUCUACCUCUUUUCAUAUCUAUCUAUUUAUCUCCCUGUCUCUCUUUUUCAUAUCUAUCUAGUUUCAUAUUCAUCUCUUUUCAUACCUAUAUUCUACCUCUUUUCAUAUCUAUCUAUUUAUCUCCCUAUCUUUUUCAUAUCUAUCUAUUUCAUAUUUAUCUCUUUUCAUACCUAUAUUCUACCUCUUUUCAUAUCUAUCUAUUUAUCUCCCUAUCUUUUCAUAUCUAUCUAUUUCAUAUUUAUCUCUUUUCAUACCUAUAUUCUACCUCUUUUCUUAUCUAUCUAUUUAUCUCCCUAUCUUUUCAUAUCUAUCUAGUUUCAUAUUUAUCUCUUUUCAUACCUAUAUUCUACCUCUUUUCAUAUCUAUCUAUUUAUCUCCCUAUCUCUUUUUCAUAUCUAUCUAGUUUCAUAUUUAUCUCUUUUUCAUACCUAUAUUCUACCUCUUUUUCAUAUCUAUCUAUUUAUCUCCCUAUCUCUCUUUUUCAUAUCUAUCUAGUUUCAUAUUUAUCUCUUUUCAUACCUAUAUUCUACCUCUUUUCAUAUCUAUCUAUUUAUCUCCCUAUCUUUUUCAUAUCUAUCUAUUUCAUAUUUAUCUCAUUUCAUACCUAUAUUCGACCUCUUUUUCAUUUCUAUUUAUCUCCCAUCUCUCUUUUCAUCUAUCUAGUUUCAUAUUUAUCUCUUUUCAUACCUAUAUUCUACCUCUUUUCAUAUCUAUCUAUUUAUCUCCCUAUCUUUUUCAUAUCUAUCUAUUUCAUAUUUAUCUCUUUUCAUACCUAUAUUCUACCUCUUUUCAUAUCUAUCUAUUUAUCUCCCUAUCUUUUUCAUAUCUAUCUAGUUUCAUAUUUAUCUCAUUUCAUACCUAUAUUCUACCUCUUUUCAUAUCUAUCUAUUUAUCUCCCUAUCUCUAUUUUUCAUAUCUAUCUAUUUCAUAUUUAUCUCUUUUCAUACCUAUAUUCUACCUCUUUUCAUAUCUAUUUAUCUCCCUGUCUCUUUUUUUCAUAUCUAUCUAGUUUCAUAUUUAUCUCAUUUCAUACCUAUAUUCGACCUCUUUUCAUUUCUAUUUAUCUCCCUAUCUCUCUUUUUCAUAUCUAUCUAGUUUCAUAUUUAUCUCUUUUCAUACCUAUAUUCUACCUCUUUUCAUAUCUAUCUAUUUAUCUCCCUAUCUUUUUCAUAUCUAUCUAUUUCAUAUUUAUCUCUUUUCAUACCUAUAUUCGACCUCUUUUCAUAUCUAUCUAUUUAUCUCCCUAUCUCUCUUUUUCAUAUCUAUCUAGUUUCAUAUUUAUCUCAUUUCAUACCUAUAUUCUACCUCUUUUCAUAUCUAUCUAUUUAUCUCCCUAUCUCUCUUUUUCAUAUCUAUCUAGUUUCAUAUUUAUCUCUUUUCAUACCUAUAUUCUACCUCUUUUCAUAUCUAUCUAUUUAUCUCCCUAUCUUUUUCAUAUCUAUCUAGUUUCAUAUUUAUCUCUUUUCAUACCUAUAUUCUACCUCUUUUCAUAUCUAUUUAUCUCCCUAUCUCUCUUUUUCAUAUCUAUCUAUUUCAUAUUUAUCUCAUUUCAUACCUAUAUUCGACCUCUUUUCAUAUCUAUCUAUUUAUCUCCCUAUCUAUCUUUUUCAUAUCUAUCUAGUUUCAUAUUUAUGUCUUUUCAUGCCUAUAUUCUACCUCUUUUCAUAUCUAUCUAUUUAUCUCCCUAUCUUUUUCAUAUCUAUCUAGUUUCAUAUUUAUCUCUUUUCAUACCUAUAUUCUACCUCUUUUCAUAUCUAUCUAUUUAUCUCCCUAUCUCUCUUUUUCAUAUCUAUCUAGUUUCAUAUUUAUCUCUUUUCAUACCUAUAUUCUACCUCUUUUCUUAUCUAUCUAUUUAUCUCCCUAUCUUUUUCAUAUCUAUCUAUUUCAUAUUUAUCUCUUUUCAUACCUAUAUUCGACCUCUUUUCAUAUCUAUCUAUCUCCCUAUCUCUCUUUUUCAAAUCUUUCUAGUUUCAUAUUUAUCUCUUUUCAUACCUAUAUUCUACCUCUUUUCAUAUCUAUCUAUUUAUCUCCCUGUCUCUCUUUUUCAUAUCUAUCUAUUUCAUAUUUAUCUCUUUUCAUACCUAUAUUCGACCUCUUUUCAUAUCUAUUUAUCUCCCUAUCUAUCUUUUUCAUAUCUAUCUAGUUUCAUAUUUAUCUCUUUUCAUACCUAUAUUCUACCUCUUUUCAUAUCUAUCUAUUUAUCUCCCUAUCUUUUUCAUAUCUAUCUAGUUUCAUAUUUAUCUCUUUUCAUACUUAUAUUCUACCUCUUUUCAUAUCUAUCUAUUUAUCUCCCUGUCUCUCUUUUUCAUAUCUAUUUAUCUCCCUAUCUCUCUUUUUCAUAUCUAUCUAGUUUCAUAUUUAUCUCUUUUCAUACCUAUAUUCUACCUCUUUUCAUUUCUAUUUAUCUCCCUAUCUCUCUUUUUCAUAUCUAUCUAGUUUCAUAUUUAUCUCUUUUCAUACCUAUAUUCUACCUCUUUUCAUAUCUAUCUAUUUAUCUCCCUAUCUCUCUUUUUCAUAUCUAUCUAGUUUCAUAUUUAUCUCAUUUCAUACCUAUAUUCUACCUCUUUUCAUAUCUAUCUAUUUAUCUCCCUAUCUCUCUUUUUCAUAUCUAUCUAGUUUCAUAUUUAUCUCUUUUCUUACCUAUAUUCUACCUCUUUUUAUAUCUAUCUAUUUAUCUCCCUAUCUUUUUCAUAUCUAUCUAUUUCAUAUUUAUCUCUUUUCAUACCUAUAUUCUACCUCUUUUCAUAUCUAUCUAUUUAUCUCCCUAUCUUUUUCAUAUCUAUCUAGUUUCAUAUUUAUCUCAUUUCCUACCUAUAUUCUACCUCUUUUCAUAUCUAUCUAUUUAUCUCCCUAUCUCUCUUUUUCAUAUCUAUCUAGUUUCAUAUUUAUCUCUUUUCAUACCUAUAUUCUACCUCUUUUCAUAUCUAUUUAUCUCCCUAUCUCUCUUUUUCAUAUCUAUCUAG